AUGAUAAAGGGCACACAAAAUAUACAAAUUAAAAAACCUAUUGGCAACGAGUUGCUUAUGGGAAUUAAAAAAAUGGAAAAUGAGUUAAAAGAUAGAAAUGAAGAAUUUGAAGAAUUGAGCAAUAACUAUAGAGAAAUAUAUGGACUAUAUCUUAUGACAAAGAAAAACUUAGAUGAAUCUUCAAAUAACUUUCAAGGAAAAAUAUGCAAACUGGAAUCUGUGAUAAAUGGAAAAAAUAAUGAAUACAUGAAUCUAAAGGCAAAUUUUGAACAAGUGGUAGAGGAAAAAAAUAAGCUUGAAGAAGAUAUCAAUGAAUAUGAAAAAGCCAUUUAUGAAAUCAACGAAAAUUUGACAUCUCUAAAGGAAGCACAUAUAGAGGAAUUAAAAGAAAUCCAAGAAGAAAUCUCCAAUCUUUAUUUAGAAAUUGAAAAAUCAAAGGAACAAUUAGAUACCAUGCAAGCAGAAUGUGAAGAUCUAAGAAAGCUUAAUCAUAAUAAAAGUAACACAAUCAAUUCCCUAAGUAAAGAAAUUGAAGCCCUUAAGGAAGAGAAAAAACAACGUGAAGAUGAAAUGGAAUUAAUAAUAUCUUGCCAAAAUAAAGUAAAAAUGGAAAUGGAAUAUAUGAAUAAAGAAAAGGAUAAAUUAAAAGACAAUGAAGAAAAAUUUUUAAUGGAAAAAAAACAUUUUGAAAUAUAUAAACAACAACUAGAAGAAGACAAAAAAGCUAUCGAAAAAAAAAAUGAAGAAUUAGGAAAAGAAAAAGAUAGACAAGAAAACAAUAUGAAAAAUAUUAUAAUCAAGUAUUCCAACUUACAAAAAAAGGUAGAUGAUCUCUCAGAGGACAAUUCGAACAAAGAUACUUGUAUAAAGGAAAACCAAAAUAAAAUAAAUUUGUUGAAUGAUGAAAACAAAGUACUCAAGAACGAAGUCACAAAUCUAAACUCUAAAAUGCAAGAAUUAAAAAAUGAGUUGGAUUGUGAACAAAAAAAAAACACAGAAUUAAUGGAAAAUGUUGAUAAUAAAACUAAUGAAGUGUCUCAAAGGGACUCUAUUAUACAAAUUUUAUAUAAUAAAUUGAAAGAACAAGAAAACGAAAAUCUUAUAUUUCAGAAUGAAAAUAUAUCUUUGAAAAACCAUAGUAAAAAGUUGAAUACAAUUUUAGAAAAUAGGAAAAAAGAAAUGGAGCAUAUUGAAAAUGGGUUAUGUGAUAAACUAACUAAAUUAAUAAUUCGAAGAAAAAUAAGGGACAAAGAUGACUUAUGUUUUGAUGGACAUCCCCAAUCAAUGCUCUUGAAAAUUUUGUGGAAUGGAUAUAUAGAUAUAUGCAAAAAUGUAUUACGCUCGAGGGAUAGUUAUUUAUUUACUCAAAAUAGAAACCACAAAUUUAUUCGUGUUUAUGAUACAGAUAUGUUUUUGGACAUUACUCAAGAAAGCACAAACAAAUGCUCAAUCUCAUACAAAAGCGAAACCCGAGGAAUUUUUUUUGUAAAUGAUGAUGAAUCAAAAAACAUGAUUUAUGUUGGACCGUUUAGCAAAUAUAGUGGAUAUAAUGUAGCAGUUAGUCAAAAAAGCAAUAGUUUAGAAUUAAUUAGCAAAUCUCGGAACAGUUAUAUAUUUGAAGAAUUAUUUACAACAAAAAAAGGAACAAAAUUAAUUUUGAUAAAAGAAAAAGAAAGUGGUAAAUAUUUUGGUGGGUUACAUAAUAAUUUGUAUUUUGAAAAACAAAAACAAAAACAAAAUGGUGUUGAUAAGUCAUAUUAUAAUGAUGCAGUAAAUAAACUAAUUGAUUAUAUGUCUAACGAUAAAGAAGAAAAUGCAAGCAUGGUUCUAAAAAAGUGUAAUAGCGAGGUUAAAAUUGAAAAUGUUGGAAAGGUUGAAAAUGUUGGAAAGGUUGAAAAUGUUGGAAAGGUUGAAAAAGUUGGAAGUGCUGAAAAUGUUGGAAAGGUUGAAAAAGUUGGAAAAGUUGAAAAUGUUGGAAAAGUUGGAAGUGGUGAAAUUGGCGAAAGUGGUGAAAUUGGCGAAAGUGGUGAAAGUGGUGAAAAGGAAGUAAUUAAGGGUAAUGAAGAUAGUAACAAAAUAAAUGUAGACCAUAUCAAAGAAAAGAAUGAUAAUAAAAUCGAAGAUGAAAAUGUACAUAAAUAUAAUAUAGCUAAAGAUAUGUUAUUAUUAUCAAAUAGUAAUUGUAAUAGUACAACGGAUAAUGAUAGUAAUAUAUAUUAUGAUAUGAACAAUAAAUAUAGUUGUCAAGAGUUAGGACAAAAUGAUGAAGAUUUUGAAGAAAAUAAUUCAAGUUUAAAAAAAUAUAUUGGAAAUAAUGAUUCAUAUAAUUAUAAUAAUAUAUCAAUGUAUAAAUGUUAUAUUGCUAAUAGUUCAUGUUUUAAUAAUACAAUUUUAACAUUAACAGAAAAUAAAGAUGAAGCAAUAUUAUUCGAAGUUUUUAACUAUGAACAAAUUGUUGAAUAUGAUUCAAUUAAAUGUGCAUCAGAAUAUAUUUUACAAUUUCUUUUAAAUUUAAAAAAAACAAGUUCACAAGAUUUAUCAACCAUAUCUAGUGUUAAACAUUCAAAUUUUAUAUCAUUGAAUGAUGAAGACUGGAAUAUUAUACCAGCAUAUAUGUGA